AUUGGGGAAAAAAUUGCCGGUAGUUUGAGUAGCACGAGUUCAGAUGAUGCAUUCGAGACAUGAACGGAAUUAUAAUAUAUGGUUCGGAAUUAUUUCACACCGGCUGCAAUAAAAAUAUUACACCGUAAAGCUCUAUGUCAGUCUACGACGAGGUCUUAUUGCUAUAUUGACGUUUUCCUGUAAUUUUAUAAUAUUUUUCACCCUAUGGCCAAAUUUUUAGGACAACUUAUCCGAAACCCUUGCAGAGGUGUAUCAAGACUUCAUGCAGAUCCUUGGCGAUAUUCCUUGAAGAAUGAAGUUGUAGAAGAUUAUAGGAAAUCACAGUUAUCAAAAGAUCAGGUAAAAACAGAUAAAAAGUUACCAGUACAGAGCGAUCAAGUUAAAGUUGGAGAAUACAGGCAUGUGUAUCCAGAGUUUCUACCACAUCCUAACUCGAUGGUCAGGGAUAGAAUUAGAGAAAAAUUAGAGCGUUUAGAUAUGUACAAACGACGAAAUGUUCUUCGUGUUCCUGAAUUCUAUGUUGGAAGUAUCAUGGCAGUUACAGUUGCUGAUCAAUUUGCUCCCUUGAAGAAAAACAAAUUUGUUGGAACUUGUAUAUCACGAGGUGGUAUUGGCCUCAAGGCACACUUUACUUUAAGGAAUGUGAUUGACAGCCAAGGGAUUGAAAUCAGAUAUGAAAUCUAUCAACCCCAUAUUCUUAAUAUUGAAGUUCUUAAACUACAAAAACGUUUGGAUGAUGAAUUAUUUUAUUUGAGAGAUGCCCCACCUGAAUAUAGUACUGUUCCAUUUGAUUUUCAACCUGUACCUUUACCAAAAGGUUUUAAGAUUCCAGUUGACACCACAAAGGUAAAACUGAAUCCUCGACCAUGGCUACAGAGAUAUGAACGUAUGGAUUUAAAAGGAGUUGAAGAUUUAAAUUUACCAGAGAGAUUUUAUAUUAAAGCAAAGAAAGUUGCCAAACCAUGGGAAAAAUAUGAUUUAAUGAAGGAUUAUCGUGAAAAUGUAAAUGAUAUAGAUGCAAGUGAAGUUUACAGUGAAUUUUCUGAACAUUCUUCACAUUUUAAAGGCUUAAAAUAAUUCUGGUUUUGUUAAAAUAUUUGUAAAUAAAAUUUGGUUUUGACAAUAA